ACGACAUUGAUUCUCCUCCGAUAUCGCUCUCUGCCAUGCUCUCGCGCUUCCCGCGAGAGAUCACGAGCAAAAUGGUACAGAGUUCAAAAAAGCCUGGUUUGAUCAGCCGUAAAGGAACCGCACCAACCUGGCAACAGCUUUCCAUGGGUAUCCAUCCGUUCACGCGACCUACGGCAGACGUCGUAUUGGCGUCCAGCGACAACGUCGCGUUCUGCGUACACAGGACGAUUUUAAGCGAGGCGUCUCAUGUUUUCGCGGACAUGCUUAGCACAGCGAGCGCCGCAGACUCGACAUCCGGCACUGUAUCUUCUGAUGAACAUCGAUUCGCACGACUUCCGAUAUACCCUGUCUCGGAAGACAGCAAAACGCUAGAGAAUGUCCUGCGCCUAUGUUAUCCGGUGUCCGAUCCGGAGCUGAGCGAUACAACUGAAUUACAUAAAACGCUGGCGGCUGUGGCCAAGUACGAGAUGGAAGAGGCUUUGGGCAUCAUCAAGGGGCGGCUCCGUGCGCUCAUCCGUCUCAACCCUUUCGAGGCCUACGCCAUCGCGUGCAGCUUUGCACUCGAGGAGAUCGCUCGAAAGGCUGCCGUCCAACUCUCUGGAAAGGAUGCGCGCGGCUUCGCCUGGAUGACCGAUGGUCAUUCGUCACCGCGGUACGAAGGUUUCACUGCGGGGGCGUACGUUCGGCUUCUGUCUUUUGUUCGCAACCAAAGCGAUGUGAGUGAAUCGUUCUGCUUCACUCGCCGCGCAGACCAAGACGUCCCAUUGAGCGCGAUCAUCGAGGAAGCGGAGGCUGUCCCUGCUGUCGCUCAUCCUAUGCCUCCGUUUGAUUGGCCUGAUGCGGAUCUCGUCCUGCACACCGCCGACUCAGUGGAGUUCCGCGUACAUCGCCUCAUCCUGGAAAUGGCAUCUCCCGUCUUCCGAGACGUUCUUUCGAAACCACUUCCGAGUGUUGCAGCGACGGAACGCCUCGCGAGGCCGCAUCCUCGCAUGCCGCUUCUGCGGAUGGAGGAGACGAGCAAGGUCGUCGUCGUCCUGCUGCAAGUAUACUAUCCCACUUGCGAUCUAGAGGCAGAUGAUGUUGAACUAGUCCUGGCUGCGUUGGCAGCUGCCAAGAAGUAUGACAUGCAAAAAGCUGAGCAUAUUCUCGCCGCAGGGCUGCUUCAAAUGACCGUGCCUCCCGUGCGCGUCUUUCUGGUAGCGUGCCGUUUGGGGCUGCAAACGCUGGCGGUCGAGGCAUCUAAACGCCUUCUGCACCUGGGACUAGACGAAUUAGAAACCUACCAACCAGAGAUGGAACAUGUUCCUGCAGAAACAUAUGAACGUCUACGGCGGUUCCAUGCAACAAGCAUGAUGCUCCUCGAUGCCUUUAUCCGUUCAUACACCUCCAUACCGCUAUCGUGGCAGGCAAAGUUCCGCCGACUUUGUCAGAAGAGUAAUAUUCUAGUUCCUGCCAGUGACAAGCCAUAUUACGACCGCGAUGACAGAAGGUCCGAGAUGAGCGUGACGUGCUGGUUCAACUCGUAUAUAGAGGAAGUACUUUGGAAGCUAAGAGAGCAUCGGCCUUGCCUGUCGAUCGCUGCCUGCCCGGCGGUGCUCGAGUCGGCUAUGGCCGUUUCUGAGCGAAGAAGGUCGUGUGCCGCUUGCCAGUCGUCGCAGGGUCUUUUGUUGUUGAUGGAGUUUAGUCAGUUCUUUGCGAAGGAGAUUGAGAAACGAGUUCGCUGAAUGUCAUAAUGGUGACCGUCAUCCCCGUGAAGAGUUGGAGACAGCAUGGAUCUGAGAGCUCUCUUGUGGUAUUUUGCGUGAGAUGUAUGCCAGUUGAGUGCCGUCAUCAUUUGACUUCCGACGAUUAUAUGACCUGUAUCAUACGUACGUACGACUCACGAACUGUCACUGGUUGAUUGUGAUCUUGCAUGUUCUUCCUGAUGUCAAAAGGUUUCGUUGUCCAAUUUCCAUAAAAUCUAUCUUCGGGCUUGUCAAU